AAAGAACAUAAAACCCAAAGGCUCUUUUAAGAGCCACCCACAUUUUCAAUAACAGAGCUCAAAACACUGCUUUGUUUUCCCUGACUGGGGUUUUCGUAGUUAGUGAGAAUGGCGAGGACCAAGCAAACAGCUCGCAAAUCUACUGGCGGUAAAGCUCCCCGUAAACAGCUGGCUACUAAAGCUGCCCGUAAAAGUGCUCCUGCGACGGGAGGAGUGAAAAAACCUCAUCGCUACCGGCCCGGCACCGUGGCUCUGCGGGAGAUUCGCCGUUACCAGAAAUCUACUGAGCUGCUCAUCCGCAAGCUGCCCUUCCAGCGCCUGGUCCGUGAAAUCGCCCAGGACUUCAAGACCGAUUUGCGCUUCCAGAGCUCGGCCGUUAUGGCUCUACAGGAGGCUAGUGAGGCUUACUUGGUUGGGCUCUUUGAAGAUACUAACCUGUGUGCUAUUCACGCCAAGAGAGUCACCAUCAUGCCCAAGGACAUCCAGUUAGCCCGGCGUAUCCGCGGAGAGAGAGCUUAACAUUCCUAAUAGAGGGCGUUCAUGCAACCAACUAAAAAACCCAAAGGCUCUUUUAAGAGCCACCACGUUUACACUGAAAGGAGCUGUAUUUCUGCUUUAAUAUUUGAAUGGAUUAUACAAAAUAAGAGUGCCAAAAAGAUUGCGGUCUACGAAGAAGUAGACGCAUGUUUCGUUUACUGAAAGAAGUGCCUAGUACUAAACGACUAUUUUUUAUUCAUGUUUAAUUUGGUUUAAGUUGCACCAGAAAGACUUAACACUUUUUACAUGAUAUAAGGAACAAUCGGUUAAAACUUGCAGGUUACUUUGGCCACUCACAUUUUCAGUGGAAGAACUCUGUUGGUAAGUGUAAUAAUCAUAAAAACAAACACCCACAGCAUUUUUUUUUUUACUUUCCACAUUUCAGUUAGCUAGUUCAGCCCCACAAAGCCAAGAGUUAGCACAAAAUGACGGUACUAACGACCUGCUGCUUGCAGUAUCUAUCCCUCUUCAGACCCCCUCUUGAAAUCAUGAUUAAUUUUCAAAGCGUGAAUUUUUCACUUUAUCCGUUUCCCAUACGCACGCUGACCCGCAAUGAAGAAAAUAUCUUUCACCCAGAGCAAAAAUUACUGUUAUGUCUUAGAACCCACCUUAAAAAUGUUAAUACUUUUUGGUUACUGGUUUUUUACCUGACCAGUUCUAUAUCUACAGAAUAUAAUUAAUGAUGUGAGAUUAGUCUUUUCCAGCUUUUUAUCUCUUUCGAAUUUAGCACUUACAAAAAGUUGAUACACUUUGUUUUUAAGACCAUAUGUGUAUAUUUUAUAAGAAAUACAUCACUGGCCCUGUCCUCAUGAAAAGUAUAUGAAUUGUAAAAUGUAACGGGUAUUUCAUAUUCUAUUAAAACCAAACAAAAACAUGGCUUAUUUUUUUUAUCUGAAACCAUGCUGUGUGAAUGAGACAAAAAUAAAAUCUAAAUCUUUUGCCUAAUAUUUUAGUUAUUGGCAGCUUUUUUAUUUUGGGCGAUUCCCUCUAAAUUUCAGUAUACUCUGUGGCUUUUGCAAAAUAGUAUAGGUUAAAAAUAGAGAAUCGGCUCUUCUGGUGGAUGUUUGAGUGAUUCCGGAAAGAGCAUUUGUGUUGCAAAUAUGUUAUUCGUAAUGUGGAUUUAACCACCGAAUCCGUAUGAAAUGUCCUCCGUUCCUGCCCUGUCAGAGCACAGCCCAAAUCCAUGUCUAUCAGUCUUUUGCUGGGCGAGUUCAGCUUCAGUGUAGGUCCAAGAAAACCAUCACGGAUCUCUUCCUAGAUCAGUCAAGAGAUACGCUUCAUGCCCGCAAGGUGAGCCAGGAUGUUAUCCCUCAGUCUGCACUCUGCUGUGGUGCUUUGCCGGGUCUUUUCCCAAACUCUUUACCUAAGACCACCAGACGUGAAAAUACAAAAUAAUCAUGGUCGCGCUUCAUGACGCUACCCGUAUCCCCGAAGUCUGACCCGAGGUAAAGAUGGUAAUUUUUGGCGCAAUUCCCUCCCGCGCUUCCAUUCUGUACGCAACUGGGUUGAGAUUUCCCAAGGCAUGCAAUAACUCAAAAAUAGAUUUCAGAGAAAACAAUGCCCCGUUUAGGAUUCGAAAAUCAAUAUCAAAUCCAGCGUUAUAAUUUCAAUGGAAACUCACAUAUUCCCUUAGUCUUGGAGAUUGCGUUAAAUAUAUGACUCAUCACAAGAACGGAUUUCAAGAUGCAUUUUCUGUUACCCCCACCAUACCCCUCCCCCAUUUCCGGUUGAUCAUCUAAGAACCCAAUUUUACAAGGUGGUGACUUGAAAUUCCCAGCAUAUUUUCGUGCUUCCUCUAGUAGAACAAUUAGCUAUAUUCUGUAAAAUACACUUUUUAAAAAUGAGGCCUAUUUUAUUCGUGUUGCUAUUUGAGAUUAUGACCCACUCUAGCUUUAGCGAAGGACUUGUCUUAACUGCACAUACCCUGUGCUCAAACCGAUUGAUAAAGUGCCGUGGAAGAUUUCUAGGAGUAAAUAUAUAUACACACACAAAAGGAGGAUCAAUUUCUACUAGCGUAACAAUCUUUGGUGACCUUUCUUC